GACCGUAGAUUUGAUAUUAAUUCGAAGCGAUGAUUUCUAAGGGCACCGUUUUGAGACUACUUGUGGGAGUGUUAGCUAUUACAUUUAGUCAUUGCUUAAGUUCAGAACAAGAAUUGGAAAUCGACUCGUUGGUGAGAGAUGUCUUCAUGGCUGAGAGUGACAUUCCUGGAGUCGGAGUGACGAUUGUUGAAAAUUUCGGAGAAUCAACUUUCUCGAAAGGGUAUGGUCAUUCCGAUAUCGAUAGGAACAUUACAGCUGAUGAAAAUACUAAAUUUUGCAUUGCAUCUAUUACAAAGACAUUUACCGCAACACUUGUCAUGAAAGUUCUUAGCGAAACAUUCCCAGAAUUGGGACCAGCUGUUAUCGACACUCCGUUGAGGAUAUUACAUCCAAAUGGUACAUUUAUGUUUAGUGAUAGGUUCCGAUACGAGACCAUGUCUUUUCGUGAUUUAUUAAGUCAUCGUGUGGCGGUACAAACUGAGUCUUUCGGGUCAUCUGCAGGUGCUUUCAAGGAUAUUGACGAGUUCACUUUUCGGAGUCGAUAUGCACCGGAAGUAGCUUCAUUUCGUGCAGGAGGUUUCUAUUCCAACACACUGUUAGCGUUAGCAGGAACUUUGAUUGCCGAAAUUGCAGAACAGCCGUAUGAAGAACUCUUACAAGACUUUUUCGAUCAAUUGGAAAUGAAUGACAGUAUCUUAAUUGAUGAACAAACGAAUUACGAUCAAGUGGUGAACAUGUCGAGAGGUUACUUCAUCGAAUACGGUGUGGUGAAACAACUAAAUUCUGCAUUGAUAAACCGCGUAUUCGUUGGGGCUCCGUCUGGUGGUAUAAUAACUACGGCAAAUGAUAUGGCGAAAUAUAUGACGUUUCACUUGAAUAAUGGCAGGGUAGGAGAUAGGCAAAUUGUUUCCCAGGAAGCUUUACUUUGGAUGCGUCAGCCAGCAGCUCCUCUUGAUUUCAUGCAAUUUAGAUCCGUUAAUUCAUCAAUGGUAGCUGGAUCUUAUGCUAUGGGUAGUGGAGUUCAACUUGGUGUUUUUGAUGGAUGGGAAUUCGUGAGUCACACCGGACAAUGGGUCACUUUUCAGUCGGAACUUCGCAUUUAUCCUCGACUCGGUUUUGCAACAUUCUCAGUGAACAACGGGCCAAUACAUCUUUCAAACAGUCGUUACGACCAUUUUUUCUUGCAGAAUUCGUUUUUCGCCAUUGUUAACGGCUUAAGUUCCGGUGUAAAAAUCAACCCAACCAACCAGCACCUAGGUCAGAGACUACGUGAUGCCACAUUGGAAACACUGGAAAAAUAUUUAGCUGGAAGACAAUUGCCGUCACAAAAUAUAAACCAAGAGUCUUAUGUGGGAAACUUCGGACACCCUGUUGAAGGCGAUAUGGAAAUUACAUUAAGAAAUGAAACGUUGUACUUCCGUUUCGGAAUUUGGGCUUCAGGCUAUUUGAAUCAGCAUCCAACGUAUCCGGUUUACUACGUCAUCUGGGACAGUGACUUUGUGCAAGAUAUUUAUUUCGCUGCUGGUGGUUUAAUUGAUAUAUUCUUCUCGUUUGAAAGUGAGAAUACUUUCAGUGUCAUUUUUGAGCAAGUAACAACUUUCCAGAGAGGUCUAUCACUGGAUACUCUUCCACUAAUUCCCUGGGAACCAGAAUCAUGUGCUCCAGGACAAGAGGAAGAAGAAGAAAAUGACUAAGCGAAAUGGUUAACAGAUAUUUGAGGGAGAUUUUAGAUUUUCUUGUAGUUUACUUUUAGAAUUAACUGCUACUGCACGCAUAAUCAACCGAAAAAUUAGAGAAAUAAAAAAAUUCCAGUAAA